AUGUACAUACAAUACUCAGCAGAGGAAUUAAUUUCCUUACCAGCAAGACAUCAAGUGUUUAUUUGUUGUGAUGGAGCCUCAAAAGGGAAUCCACGAAAGGAUGGUUUUGGUUUUGUGGAAAGAACAUAUUAUGGGAGUUGUGCUGGUGCUGCAUCAGGUGGUUUGGGCAUAGCAACCAAUUAUCUUGCUGAGGUAAUGGCACUAAUUGUUGGAGGUGAAUGGGCUGUGAGUAAGAAGAUGUUAGAUGUAUGUUUCAGACUGGAUUCAAAUGCAGUGUUAGUGGCUUUUAACAGUGGCAAAAUUCCCUGGAUGGUGGUAAACAGAUGGAAGAACAUAGUGCAAAGCAUCACUUCAAUCAGCUUCAGGCAUUCAUACAGAAAAAUUAAUUCCUCUGUUGGUACAAUGGCAAAAAAGGGAGCUCUGCUGGAAAGAGGUGAGGUGAUAUACUAUGAUACAAAACCAACUUUUCUUGGAGUUCUGGAGAGGGAAGAUGGUAUAUAUUUCAGAUUUUGUUAA